AUGGCUCCUCCCGAGGUGGCUACUUCCAAGGUGGCUCCUGAGGUGACUCCUCCUGAGGUGACUCCUGCUGAGGUGGGUCCUGAGGUGACUCCUCCUGAGGUGGUUCCUGAAGUGACUCCUCCCGAGGUGGUGGCUCCUGAGGUGACUCCUCCUGAGGUGGUUCCUGAAGUGACUCCUCCCGAGGUGGUGGCUCCUGAGGUGACUCCUCCUGAGGUGGUUCCUGAAGUGACUCCCCCCGAGGUGGUGGCUCCUGAGGUGACUCCUCCUGAGGUGGUUCCUGAAGUGACUCCUCCCGAGGUGGUGGCUCCUGAGGUGGUUCCUGAAGUGACUCCUCCCGAGGUGGUGGCUCCUGAGGUGACUCUUCCCGAGGUGGUUCCUGAGGUGACUCCUCCCGAGGUGGUUCCUGAGGUGACUCCUCUCGAGGUGGCUCUAAUAUUUUGGCCACAUUCGUAG